GUGAUACCCAUCCACUCGUCCACUGUGCCUUUUUUUUCUGCCCGCUUAACCUGCCAUGCACGUACAGGCCUGGACCAGGCCGCUGCUUGUCCUCCUGCUGCAUGUCGUCACUCAUACCCUGGGCCAGUAUGACCUGUGCAAGUCCCUGGUGAACACGGACGAGGGUGCGGUGUGGGAGGAGUACGCGUGCCAGCCCAAGAGCAGCUCCAUGAAGGACUACAUGCGCAUUCGCGUGGAGCCGCUCGGCAUCACGUGCGGGAACCCGCCUGAACGCUUCUGCACGCUGGAGAACCCCUACCUAUGCAGUGAUGAGUGUGAUGCCUCUAAUCCGGACCUGGCCCACCCGCCUCAGCUGAUGGCGGACCGCGAGCGCGGGGGUCUGAUUACCUACUGGCAGUCGGUCACGUGGAGCCGCUACCCGGAGCCGCUGCUGGCCAACAUCACCCUCGCGUGGAACAAGACCCUGGAGCUGACCAACGACGUGCAGGUGACCUUCGAGUACGGCCGGCCGACCGUCAUGGUCCUGGAGAAGUCCCUGAACCACGGGCGCACCUGGCAGCCGUACCAGUACUACGCGGACGACUGCAUGGAGGCGUUCAACAUGCCCGCCAAGCGUGUGCAGGACCUGGCGGCCGUCAACGCCACGCGGGUCAUCUGCACCGAGCGCUACUCGCGCUGGGUGGGCUCCAAGAACGAGAAGACGGUGCGCUUCGAGGUGCGCGCGCGCCUGGAGAUCUUCGGGGGGCCGCGCAUGGUCAACACAGAGGCGCUGUACACGCGCAUGGAGAGCGUGAAGGGACUGCGCGAGUUCUUCACCUUCACCAACCUGCGCCUGCGUCUGCUCAGGCCCGCCCAGGGGGGAACAUACGUGCAGCGGGACAACCUGCUGAAAUACUUCUACGCCAUCUCUAACAUCGAGGUGCCAGCCAGGUGUAAGUGUAACCUGCACGCGUCACAGUGUGUGUUCACGGACGGAAACCUGCAGUGCUCGUGUGAGCACAACACCACGGGGCAGGACUGCUCGCGCUGCAAGCGGGGAUUCAAAGCCAAGAGCUAUAAGCCAGGCUCCUACCUCCCCACUCCCAAUGGCACACCAAACACAUGUACUCAGGCUGGCAUGUCGGCUGGCUCUACGAAGGCAACCUCAUCGGAAUCUGUAACCAUAGAAACCACAUCUACUAAAGCCACUACUCUGGCUACAACAACAACAACUACCACAAUAAAUGCAACUACCACUGUUGUCCCUACAGCAACCAUAGCCUCAAGCACUAUACUGCUUGAGACCACCACGCAGCAGCCUACAACAGACUCUCCUAUGAGCUCUCCAGCUCAGCCUGAUCUGUCCCGAGAAACUGACCUCCCCGCUGCCCCCACAGACUCUGCUGUGAGUUCCACGGCUCAGCCUGAUCUGACCCAAGCAACUGACCUCCCCACUACCCCCACAGACUCUGCUGUGAGUUCCACAGCUAAGAGUGAUCUGUCCCAAGAAACUGACCUCCCCGCUGCCCUCACAGGCUCUCCUGUGAGCUCUCCAGCUCAGCCUGAUCUGACCCUAGUGACCGACCUCCCAGGUGUGUCCACAGGCUCUCCUGUGAGCUCUCCAGCUCAGCCUGAUCUGACCCUAGUGACCGACCUCCCUGCUGCCCUUACAGACUCUGCUGUGAGUUCCACGGCUCAGCCUGAUCUGACCCUAGUGACCGACCUCCCCGCUACCUUUACAGGUGUGUCCUUAAACCUCCCCGCUACCCCCACAGACCCUGGUUUGAGCUCGGUAGCUGAGCCUGAUCCAUCUCCAGUAACUGACACCACUCCCACACUCACAGAUGCACCAGAGACCCUCCCACCAUCUACAGUUGCCCCCCCCACAGAUCCAACCACAACCUCAGCCCCACCCCCCGAACCAACCACAGUAGCCGACACAGCCCCUCCCAUAACUCAGCCUCCGCCCCCACCCCCUACGCCACCUCCAUCUCCACCCCCAAUGCCACCUCCACCUGCAACCACACUCCUUGCUACUGUGGCAACUACCACAACUGCCCCUAGUGAGGCUACCCCCAUUGUCACAACAACCCCGGCCACCCCAGAUGCCCCAGAGCCAGUGGUAACAGAGGCCCAAGCACCUCUGGAUUCCCAAACAUCAGCAACCGAGGAUGCUGGGAAACAGGAGGAGAGUACACCAGAGACUGGAGAUAACAACCUCCCGGAACCUGAGAAAGAUGGAGUGAGUGAGGGAGAGAAGAGUGUGGAGCCUGUGGUCUCGGAGGAGAAAAAAGAAGAGAAAGAGAUGGAGAAAAGAGAAGAAGUGGGUCCUUCAUCCUCAGAGGAGAAACCUAAGGAAGAGGGAGAGGCCUCAAAGAAGAAGAACAAUAAAUUGAUUAAGGAGUCGGAAGAGGACAAGCUCUACACAAAGAAAGCUAUCUUAAAAUUCCUGCUCACAGAAGGGCCUAAACCUAAAUUACUCAAAGGAAUCGUUUAUGAUGACUUUAAAGACUGUGAAUGCUAUGGCCACUCAAUCCGCUGUAGCUACAUCGACUUCAUUAACAUUGUAACCUGUGUAAGCUGUAAACACAACACCCGCGGCCAAAACUGUCAGCACUGUCGGCUCGGAUACUUCCGGAACGCCUCAGCGGAGCUGGAUGAUGAGAAUGUUUGCAUCGAGUGUAACUGCAAUCAGCUGGGCUCUGUGCACGACCGCUGCAACGGCACGGGCUUCUGCCAGUGCAAGGAGGGCGCCGGGGGAGCCAAGUGCGACGAGUGUCUCCCAGGGUUCUACUGGAGACAGGGCUGCAACCCAAAUGUGUGCGACGACACGCUGCUCCCGUGUCAGAAUGGCGGCACCUGUGUGCAGAACCAGCGGUGUGUGUGCCCGUCGGAGUUUAAGGGCGCGCUGUGUCAGCAGUCUGCUUGCGAGGGGAACAAGAAGUGCAGCGGCGCGCCCACUCUGACCCUGAGCCUGGCAGCCGUGCUGUGCACCCUGCUCUACCCACUGCUGGAGGCCGCGCACUUUGGGUCAUGAGCAACACUCUCAGACAGACGUACACGGAGAGACAGAGAGAGAGAGACAAAGACAGAGAGAGAGACAUAGACAGAUAGAGAGAGAGACAGAUACAGAGAGACACACACACACAUAAACAAUUCAGCUCAGAGAUGAGUCGCUCCACAUUUCAAAGCACUAGAAGAGUGUGGGCGCCCUCUACAGGACAGGACUGGUGUGUGGGAGAGCUUCUGUAAAGCGGUUGAAACCGACCAUUUUUUUGUUUCGUUUUUUUAAUGCUGCUUGUCGUUGUCACAGGCUGGUUGACUUAACAGGGGGCAGGGGCUGGGGCCUGUUCCCAGAGCUGGAUUUAAACCAGGUUUACUUUUUUUACUGAGAAAAGAAAAAAAUUACAUAUAUCAAGUUUCCUCCUCUUCUGUGGCAGAGUUUUAUAUUCUAUAGUAUGUAAACUGUCAGUCACAGCCAACAAACCUAAAAAAAAUACUGCAAUAUUUAUAAACAUUUAUAUUUUAGUCACUUACUUGGCAAUAGGAGUGAAUGUUACCUCUUUUGGUCAAAAUCUAUGUUGACAAACAAUCGGGAAGCACACUAACAUGAAAUGUAUUGACAUCCAACUUAGAGAAGAUCCCAUCUGUGAAGGUAACACUUGUAUUCAUUUACUUUUCUUUUUGUUUGGAUGUGUAAUAAAGGCACCUUUGAUUCUCAUAUAAA